AUGUGGUUGAGGAGUAUCACAGGCAAUCAGGACAAUCACAGGGGAUCCAUGCGAGUUAUCCCUUUCAGAGACAACAAUCCACCCGACAAGGUCUUCACUGAAAUGUACUCAAUGCCCAACAGUGAACAAGCCCUGGAGCAGGGCCAGGAGGAGGAGGCCAGUGCAGACGAGAGCGGCGAAUGGGAGUCUUCAGACGGAGAGGAUGAGGAGGAGAGCGAGGAGUCGGACGACAAGGAACAGGAGGAGAACGCGAAGUUGAAGGCCACCAUCUCUGAAGCUAAUCAGGAAGUCGAGCAGCCGAGGAAGGACAAGGAGAACCUGACCACAGAAGUCGGUGGCCUCAGAGCCAAGACAGACAAGCUGGAGUCUUAUCUGAAACAACUUGGUGCGAAACUUGUUCUGAAGCUUGAAGCUGUUCCACACUUCCCGACUUGGCCAUUCAACACAAAUCAAUCCAUCCCCAUCACACAACCCUUGCCGCGCCGCUCUCGUCCAAAACCCAGCGGCCACGGCGAUAUCUCCUCCGCCUUCCCUCCGCCAGCCGGUGGUGCCGAUGCACCGCAUGGCUCGCCUCCCGCUGUUGCCGGCUCUAGUGCUGGCACUCGCCUCCGCGCUGGCCCCGUCCGUCGUCGCCGACCCGCAGGCCACGCUGCUCAACCUGGGGUGCAGCCAGUACAACGCCACGCCCACGGCCGCCUUCCUCGUCGCCCUCAAUUCCACCUUCGCCCAACUCCGCGCCAACCUCUCCGCCGGCGGCUUCGCCACGGCGUCGGAGCCGCGCGCCGCCGCGCCGGCGUUCGCGCUGGCGCAGUGCCGCCCGUACGUCACCGGGAGGGACUGCGUCGCCUGCUUCGACGCCGCCGCGGCGCGCAUCCGCGCCUCCUGCGGUGCCGCCAACGGCGGGCGCGCCAUCCUCGACGGCUGCGUCAUACGGUACGAGAGCGCGGCUUUCUUCGACCAGUCCACGCUCCCCGGCAACACGCAGCUCUGCAAUGGCUCCGCCGUGGCAGGCGGCGGCUUCGACGGCGCGGUGCGAGCGCUGAUCGGCGACCUCGCGGCCGCGGUGCCGCGCGCCCCGAGGCUUGCCGCGGCCGCCGCGGGCGCCGGCGUGUACGCGCCGGAUGCUUCAUGAGGUACUCUGAUAAGCGGUUCUUCCCAGCUAAUGCCACGGUAGACCUGGCGGCAUACUUGCGCUCUGGAAAAUCAAGAGGGAAGGGAGCCAUCAUAGGAGGAAUUUUGGGAGGUGUAGCCUUCCUGUUGCUUCUAGGGUUACUAGCUUUGUUGUGGAUCCGUCGUUCUAGGAAGCUGCAGAAGCCUCGGAGAGGUGAUAUACUUGGAGCAACGGAACUACAAGGUCCAACCAGUUUUUACUAUCAUGAUCUUAAGGUUGCAACCAAUAAUUUCAGUGAGAAAAAUAAACUUGGAGAAGGUGGUUUUGGAGAUGUAUUUAAGGGUUUGCUGAAAAAUGGGAAAACUGUUGCAGUAAAAAGAUUGACAGUAAUGCAAACCAGCAGGGCCAAAGCAGAUUUUGAAAGUGAGGUGAAGUUGAUUAGCAAUGUUCAUCACCGAAAUCUUGUAAGGCUUCUUGGUUGUUCUCGCAAGGGUUCCGAAUGCCUGCUUGUUUAUGAAUAUAUGGCGAACAAUAGCCUUGACAAGUUCCUCUUCGGUGAGAGACGUGGAACACUUAACUGGAAGCAACGAUUUAACAUCAUUGUUGGCAUGGCUCGUGGCCUUGCGUAUCUUCAUGAAGAGUUCCAUGUGUGUAUCAUACACCGUGAUAUUAAAUCUAGCAAUGUUCUUCUUGAUGAUGACUUUCAGCCUAAGAUUGCUGAUUUUGGUUUGGCAAGGCUCCUACCUGAUGAUCAUAGCCAUCUCAGCACUAAAUUUGCAGGAACACUGGGUUACACUGCUCCUGAGUACGCAAUCCAUGGCCAACUAUCAGAGAAGGUUGACACAUACAGCUUUGGCGUAGAAAUAAUAAGUGGUCGGAAGAGCAAUGAUACAAAGCUGGAGCCUGAAACACAGUACCUACUUGAAUCGGCAUGGAAGUUAUAUGAAAAUGAGAACUUGAUUAGCUUGGUGGACGAAUCGUUGGAUCGUGAAGAAUACAAGCCAGAAGAGGUAAAGAAAAUAAUAGAGAUAGCACUUCUGUGCACUCAAUCAGUGGUUGCUUCAAGGCCAACGAUGUCAGAGGUGGUUGUGUUGUUGUUGUCAAGAAAUUCUUCAGAAUUACAGCCCACAAGGCCCACAUUUAUUGAUUCAACAAGUAGAGUGCGAGGUGAAACAUCCUCCUCAAGUUCAUCCUCUGCAUCCAGGGCCACUGUCUCUAUUUCACAGUUUUCAGCCAGGGGUGACACCACCCUGCACUUUGUUGGAAACAAUGUCAUAUCUGAUAAGUUAUGGUGGAUGCGACAACAGUUGCUGAUACAAACUGCAAAUGAGAGGGAAGAUCGGAAACCAAUAUAUAGAGGCUUAUGUUGGUUCUGCAUGGGCUAAUAACCUUUCCAUGGCAGGAUUGCUGAGAAAGUUGGGGAUGAUUUGUCGUCCUACAGACUGACUACUAAAAUUCUUCGAUGCUGUCACAUAGGUAAUCAUUAAUUUAUUAGUUAACUCAGAAUUAAGGUUACUCCUGAAUAUCAUUUUUUUGAUAAAUAGUUAUCCUGUGUUUCUUAAUCUAUGUACUAAUAGCUUUAUGUGUUGGUCAAGAAAUUCUGACGCUUACAUUAUUCAUAUUUUAACCUGUUAUGUGUGUGUCAGUGGUCUAGCACUAUCGAGUGGUCUACUUAUCUUUUUUGCUUCUCCUGCCUUAGUGUGUGCCACAUAAGCUGACUUCACUACACAACGUCCAGAUAGUGAGCAUCCAAGUUGUUGCACACCAAUAUAUUGUUUCGCAUUAUGUGAUGGAGACAAUUCAUCCUGUAAUUGAUGUAGACAGAUUUUCAAU